AUGUCCGACUCCGAAUCUGCAAAAAAGGUGUCCAAUUCACAAGUAGAUUACAAUGCCAAUAGCCCCACUCCCUUGUCUCCUGCACUAUCUGCAAAGAGCGGCAACCAACAAGGGCCGAAAGCUCAAAAAUCCUCUAAAUCAAUGAGAGCUACUCCAAUUCCGUCUACCCAUGUGCUUAUGAAUUACCAACCGCAUCUCACAGGUUCCGCAUCUCACCACCGACAAUACGUUCUCCUCAAAGAUAAAGGAGGCACAUCCGGUUCACCAAAUAUAGCAGGAAAUAGUACAGUGUCCUCUCCAAAAGUGUGUACACCCUCACAUACGGGACCUAAUGCUCACCCGAGUAAAGCAAAGCCAUUUUUACGAAAAGCACCAAGCUCCAAGUAUAUUUUCAGCGUUGACGACGACGAGGAUGAAGUUGAGGAGGAUUUGAACAGAGAGUACUUGGAAGGCUAUUCAGAUGCCCUACGUCAUCGCUUCAAAAAGGCUGUUGCAUCACAGGCAGAUUCCAAUGAUCCGAAGUCCCGCAAAAUCCAAGAGUUGGAAGCCGAAAUUGCGCAAAACCUAAUAGCCACCUCAAAAGAGCUGGCUAUCCUACGAGAACGGGAGGGGGACUAUAUCCAUGCCGACGGUGAGGAAAAUUCAUCCGUGCAGGCAGAAGACGGCCAGCCCAUAAAACCACGCAUUUCUGCUCAAGAUCUCUCCGAAAGAGAUGGCGAUACUUCUGACGCGGAGUCUACAUCUUCUGCCGAGAGCUUUACAUUGAGGGGCAGACAAGAUGCAAUUAAUGAGACACACCCUUUUGGUAUACGUAUUUGGAAGCCCGCUAUCUACAAGAAAAACAGAUCAGUCGAGAUUGAGGCAGAAAAUGAUAUCCACUCGACGCCGCAAAUUGCUAGGGAGGUCUCUGCUACAAAUACAUUCUGUAACUUUAUCUGGAGUUGCACGUUUGGUUUCGUGCUGCUGAUACUGUGCCUCGUGAUGGGCUGCAUUACUUUACUGUUCACCGUCUUUUCCAAUCCCAAAAAGAGUGAUUCCGUCAGGUACGCAAAACUGUACUUACAUCUGGGCACUUAUUUGUUUGUUCCAUUUGGAAAGAUCAUCUUACUUAGAGCAGACAAAAACUAUCUCACGGAAGAUGCGAAUGUGGGUAGCACGCUUGCCGAGUUUGCAAGAUGGAGAACACAGGAAGAAGGACGUCUUUUUUAUGCAGCCCCCGAUCGGAAAAGACGGGCAAGCGAAAAUACUCCUUUGCGGUCCCGUAUGGGUACGAACUACGCAUCCGAUGCAAAUCGCGAAAAUAGCGAGGAGGUAUUUGAUGAGGACGAAGAUACCACAUUUUACAAGCAGAGACUAUUUGGAAGAGGAAAAUGGAAUAUCGGAAGAAUCGUCUUCUAUGUCUUGUUCUACACUUGUGCUCAGCCAGUCAUGCUUGCUUUGGGUGCUGCUUUAUGGCUACUUGUUUUCACAAUCCCAAUGGCCAAGGUGCUUUUUACCGUGUGCAAUCAUAUUAGGAGACAUCCGCUAGCGCUCUCCAUCGAGAUUGAAAAAGAUUAUUACCAGCGCAAGUUGGCCUCCAAUGCAUCCAACACAUCCAACGAAUCCAUCUUGAUAUGCACCUACCGAAGUCUUGGGUUGCACUAUUACAAAUACACCGUGGACGGUACCAACAUUUUCUUUAUCAACCUCAUAUUCCUGGUGAUUUUUACCAUCUUUGAUUUCUUCGUUCUCAAAGAGUACUUUGGCUUUGAGUCUAUAUUUGUUUCUCCGGUGGUCAUAUUCAUACUGUGUCUUGUUUCUGUUAUCCCGCUAGCAUACUUUAUCGGUCAAGCUGUCGCAUCCAUUUCCGCGCAAACUUCAAUGGGUGUCGGUGCCGUCAUCAAUGCAUUCUUCUCCACCAUUGUGGAAGUGUUUUUAUACUGCAUUGCGCUAAAUCAGUCAAAAGGAAAAUUGGUCGAGGGAUCUAUAAUAGGCUCCAUUUUGGGAGCUGUUCUGCUCCUGCCCGGGACUUCGAUGUGUGGCGGAGCGUUUCGUAGAAAGACACAAAGAUACAACCCGGCAUCUGCAGGCGUUUCUUCCACCAUGCUGCUUUAUGCCAUAGUCAUCAUGCUCUCUCCCACGAUUUUAUACGAAAUCUAUGGACAGUACGAGGUUCAAUGCUUUGAUUGCGAACCUGAGCACUACGAAAAUGGAGCAGACUGCAAGAAGUGUCAUUUUCUGCAGCCGAAUCUCGCAGUGGACAAGUUGUAUUUAAAGUACUUGAGGCCAUUUGCAGCCAUUUGUGCCAUUGGACUGUUUUUGGCGUACUGCAUAGGACUACUCUUUACCCUCAAGACACACGCAGCCCUCAUUUGGAGUACUCCCGUGGUGUCCGAAAAAGAGAAGAAAACAGACAAUUAUAGCGGAAAUGCAACCGAGAACACGAGCAUCAAAUCUCUUCGUCUUGAUAACACUCUUAGUCAUAAGAAGACUCAGGGCAGUAAUCAAAAAGCAACAACCGGAAAGCAACCCACACAAAGCCCAGCUUCGCAACCUGCACAACCAGCCCAGCCAGGGCAAACUAUGCAAACAACAGAGAAUGGUGGCCAUGACGCUCCGAAUUGGUCCAGAACGAAAAGUACCACGAUUUUACUUUUGGCAACGUUGAUGUAUGCUGUCAUUGCCGAAAUACUGGUGGAUGUGGUAGAUGAUGUCCUUAGCGCCUUCCCCAUCGAUCCAAAGUUCCUUGGAUUGACAGUGUUUGCGUUAGUCCCGAACACUACAGAGUUCGUCAAUGCUAUUUCUUUUGCAACCCAUGGAAACGUGGCACUCUCAAUGGAGAUUGGAUCUGCGUAUGCAUUACAGGUCUGUCUGUUGCAAAUUCCAAUCGUCACCAUGUAUUCCGCAUUCAGAAACAUCAACGCCACACCGUCAGACAUUAACAAUCUAUUUUCAUUGAUAUUCCCUCGCUGGGAUUGCAUAGCGUCACUCAUAUCGGUGUAUAUGUUCACCUACGUGUAUGCUGAGGGCAAGUCUAAUUAUUUCAAGGGCUCAAUUCUAAUCCUGGUCUACAUCAGCGUCCUGGCAGGAUUUUACUUCUCGCUCGUCAUCGAUGCAAACGGGGUGUCCAUAAUUCACACUUUAUGA